GUGCCAACGUAUGUCGUCACACAGGAACUAAAGGAGGCGGUCAAACCAAGAUGGCGUUCCGCGAUGAAGCAGGAAAUAUACUCGGUUUUCAGUAAAUCUCCUCAUCUGAGAGCGUCGACCGGAGCGUUUACGUCCAAGGACAAGUGAGAGACCUAUUUGGAGACUGAAGACAGAGCAGAUACUGUUACUCUAAAUGGCUGCGAGGAAGUCUGGAUCAGAUAUCCACAACAACGGACCCGUCAGCUACCUUGAUGAUGUUCCUUUCAAGCUCAAUGAGAAAUUCCGCUGUCCCUCAAAAGUGGGUCUUCCCAUUGGCUUCUGUUUGUCUGAUUGUAAUGCCAUACUUUCGGAUCUGCAAUAUGACUUUAGUUUAGAGAGGCGGAGCGUUCAGUGGGGGGAAGAACUCGCCAAAGCACGAGCUGCUGAGGCUCGAGCAGCGGAAGCCGCCCGGACGGACUCUGAAAAUGAAAGGCAAGCUGCUUCUCAGGAAGCAGAUGUCGGAUUGGUUGGGGGGAAGAAAGCACGCCCCUCUGAUGAGCAGGAGGUUGUCCCACCAGCGUUGAACCCGGUUUUAGCUGGCCUGAGGCACAACGCAAUCCUCAUGCCUCUCCCAGCCCCAUCUUUUGGACCGACACGACCAGCACCUAGCAACCCGGCCCCACAGAGUCUGAACUUAGCUGACUUUGAACGAGAGGAGGACCCUUUUGACAAACUUGAGCUUAAAACACUGGACGACAAAGAGGAGUUGCGGAAUAUUCUGCAGAGCCAACCGCAGUCGUCCGUUUCGCCACCUCAACUUCCUCCAGCAGAACAUCGCCCCACUUCUCCCAGUAAUACGCCGCCUCUUCAGGCCAAAGCAGGAAUUUUCCAUAAACCCAAUGGACUGGUUGGAAUGCUGGACUUAGACCGGGGUGGGGUUGUGGGGACCCCCUGUGGACAGAUUGAUGCAGACCGCCCAUGUAACAUUCGCUCACUGACUUUCCCCAAGCUUUCAGAUCCAGGAGACACCCCUUUGGAACCGCCUUUCAGCAUUUACCCAGCAGCCCAACCACGCAGCCUAUCCAAUGGCACGCCUCCAUCCCUGCAGAGAACAGCGUCAAAUUCCAACACAGCACUCCCACAAGAGCAACCUGUCUUCCCUCAGAAUGGAACACAGAAGCAGUCAAACCAGGUUACAGCGACUAACCAUCCACCUGCUGCCACGACCCUACACGGACUCUCUCCCAGUGAACGACAGUGUGUGGAGACGAUUGUGAGCAUGGGUUAUUCAUAUGAGGGUGUUCUCAAAGCCAUGCAGAGACAAGGACAGAAUGUGGAACAGGUGCUGGAAUACCUGUUUACUCACAGUCGACUGUGCGAUCGAGGUUUUGAUGCAACUGCUGUGGAGGAGUGCUUGGAGAUGUACCAGGGUUCAGAGGAAAAGGCUUUGGAGUUUCUGCAGCUGAUGUCUCGGUUUGGAGAAAUGGGCUUUGAGAGGGACACUAUUAAAGAGGUACUGCUCGUGCACAAUAAUGACCAGGACAAGGCACUAGAGGAUCUGAUGGCCCGAGCGGCUGCGAGCUGAGCCCUGAGAGUCUCCCCUCCUUGAGCCAGCCCUCCUUUGGCCCUCAGAGGGGUCCUGGCUGUGGAAGGAUGAGAUUCUCUUAUCUCUAAGACAAGAUGACUGAUUUUGUACCCUAAUAAAGGUAUACCUCUUGGGGUAGGGAUUGACGGCACCACCCAACAGUGCAUUCAUCCCUCCUCAGCUGUAUGUCUGUUAAGUGAUCUUAGAAUGGUGAUGAGUGGGAGGAGCCAAAUCCUCCUCCGAGAAUUGGCAUUGGCUAGUGUCUCUAUUGCCAUGGUGAUAGGCUAGAAUGGGCGGUACUGGAGAAACGGAACCGAGCGGAGCCCCACUGACAGAAUAGUGACACUAGAAGCUGUUACGCUGCCAUCUCCCGCUGCUGGACGCAGGCUUUCAAACUGAAACCUGAACGCUCAUAAACAGAACCCAUGGCAGAACAGAGACCCCACAGAAGUGCCCUCUCUCUAUUCUGUCUCUGCUGUUUGUUUGUUCAUACGUUGUUUAUAUGUUCGACAGGCGGAAACACUUUAUCUUUCUUCAUUUAUCCUUUUUUGAAAUUGUGUUUCUUUGCUCUUUGAUUAGGAACUGCUUUAACAGAACUAAUCAUCAUUAUGUAAGUUCACAGAAAAAAUAUAUAUACUGCCGUAAACUUUUGCCCAGUUGGCUUUUGCACUGGAAUGAACACAUUUGGCAAGAGAAAUUGGCAAGUUCUGCUGGAGCUGCAAGAUUUAAACGAUUUUCAAAAAUUGACAUGCAAAUACUGCACAGGCACACUGAAUCACAGAUGUUAAUAUAAGCAUAUUUAAAGAUCUGUAAAGAUACACUGUCGGUUUCCAUCUGUAAUAAAGAAAUUGAGAAACUUAACACAGUAAUGAGGUUAACACAUUUAUAUGAGGUUUAUUCUGAGAUCUGUUGAAAAAGCUAAAGACUGUAUAGUGGCGUGGACUUUUCAAAAGUUUGGGGGCAGGAUGAUUUUUUGGAAAUAAUUAAUACUUCUGUUCAGCAAGGAUGCAUUUUAAUUGAUUAUAAGUGACAGUUAAAAUUUUUAUAAUGUUAGAAAAGAUUUGUGUUUUAAAUGCGCCAAAGGAUCCUUAAAAACGUGUCACUGAACAGCAGCUGUUUUUGAGAAUUAUUAAAGAUGUUUCUUGAGCAGUAAAUCAGCAUAUUAGAAUGAUUUCUAAAGGAUCAUAUGAUGAUGCUGGAGCAAUGAUGCUGAAAAUACAAAAUUCAAAUAAAUCUUAAUAUAUUUUAAACUUGAAAACAGUUCUAUUAAAUUGUAAUAAUAUUUCACAGUAUUACUGUUUUUACUGUAUUUUUUGAUCAAAUAAAUGCAACCUUGGUGAGCAUAAGAGAUUUCUUUUUUAGAAAUCAUUAAUAAGUUGUACCAACCCCAAACCUUUGAACGGUAGUGUUCCUGAUAGUUGUGCAAUAGAAUGAUCUGAAGACGAGACUGUGAAUGCUUGUGGCACAUUAGAAACAGUUUGAAUGGCCUUUUAGAGCUUUGGUCACCAGAGGAAACCUGUAUGUCAGUUCAAAUAUCUCCACAUUACCUCAUGGGAUUGACCAAUUUGCUCAGUACAAGAGAUACUGGCUCCCUCCUCAGAGGAACGCAGGAAAAUUAGCAGAAAUCAGUAUAAGAAAUUUACUUAUGUAACAAAUUAACAUAAAUAAACUUCAAUAGGUCCAAUGUCUAACCUCAUACUUUCUGUUACUGACAUUUGACAUCUGAUUAUCUAGGCCAGGUCAUAUUCAACCUCAAAAAAACAGAUUUAUAUAUAUAUAUAUAUAUAUAUAUAUAAUUUUUGGGUGAAUUUUCAUAAUGCCAAUGCUGUUAAGUUGAGGUGUACAUUUUUUUUUUUAAUGCCCCAUUUGACAGUGGCCUUAAUUAUAAAACCUUAAUUAAGCCCUAUUAAGCACUUUCCUCUGAGAUGGGAUAAAUGAUAAGGAUCACAUAUGACAGAUGUAGGUUACUGGGUAGCUCAUCUGGCCAUUCAUAAAUAAACGUUUCAUUAUUUAGCAUCCAGAUGUGCAUUAUUAUUUUGCUUUUUAUUUUCUUAAUUUUCACAAUUAUAGGUACAAAAACAGCUUCUUAAGCUCACUUUCCAUGUGCAAUAUAAUUUCACCAGUGUUGUGUCAAAAUAAUCUAAUUUAAACUGUAACGAGUCCUUGUUGAUGCGAGUGGAUCUCAUGUAGAUGUUUGGAAAUCAAUGUCACCCUGAAAUCAAAAGAAAAAAACAAGAAAUUAAGUUUGCAUAAAAAUGAUUUUAAUUUACCUUAACAAAUAAACAUAUAUAUAUAUAUAUAUAUAUAUAUAUAUAUAGUACAGUUUGUUAAGGUGAAAAGAAAUCAUAAUUAUUUACCUAUAAUUCAUAUUAUAUAAAAACAUCAAAAAUAGAGAGAAAUUAGUUUUUAUGCCUAAUUGCCAUGAAAAAUGUCACUAUGAAAAAUCUAUAAUUUUUUCUUUUGGUUUUGAGAUGCAAUAUGACCCGCAUAUGUUCUUUACAGAUGAUAAGAGGUUCACCUGUCCUAUUCCAUAAAGGACUAAUUAUUCAAAAGAAGUAAGAUGGUGUACAGGGUUCUUCCUCAUCUAUUUUUUGUAACCGCUUCUCUCAGUCUUGACUGAACAGACUACUAAAAGCUGAAAAGAAUACAGCAAACACACUGCUGGCUAUAUCACAAAGAGCAUUUUGCCUGAAGCGAGUCAGCACUCAAAUGCAGAUCUAUUGUUCUAAGUGUAAAUGGGGUAAUGUCCUGAUGUAUGGCUAAAGAACCUGAUGAACAGGUAGAGCAGAUGGGCGGGCCUAACGACAGAGAUCCAUUGCUCUUAAGUGUGAUUUAAAAUGUUUAGUCGUCUUUCAAAUUAUUUCGGACUUAAAUAUGAUUAAACUUAUUCUUCUUUUCAAA